ACUGUUCAGCACAAAAGCGCAACCCUCCCUUGAAUGCCACCCCUCCCUCCCCCUGCUAGGGUGGGUGGGCCAUGUCCAGAUGCCGGGUCCCCUUCCCUCCCCUCCCUUGCACGCCACCCUUCCCUCCCCUCCCCCUGCUAGGGUGGGUGGGCCAUGUCCAGAUGGUGGGUCCCCUUCCCUCCCUUCCCUUGCAUCCCACCCCUCAUUCCCUCCAAGUGGACAUCGUCCUGCAAUGACUUCCUGCCUGGGGUUGCACUUCGUCAGCCAAUGGGCACAGAACGGAGAGGAAUCCGCCGGCUCUCUUAGCAGCAAAUAUUGCAGCACUCAGCCCCCGCCCCAGCUAGUACUGGGUUUCCCGCAGGAUAGCGAUCUGUUUAUAUAGAGGCCGUUACAGCAACAGCGAUGAGCAGAGCUGCCCUUUAAUGCAGGAUGGCCUCAGAAGACUCUUCUCUCCCUCACCCCCUACGCUGUUCUCUGCAGAAGUGUUUUCGUGCCCUCCAGGAACAGCAUGAGACCUGGAAGAGUGCCCUGGCUGCGUGUGCAUCUCUUCUGGGUUCGCUGAGCAAUCUGGCAGAACAGAUGCAGGCAUCCCAGAAAGUGGUCUUUGCCAACACCCCACUGCGAGACUUCUCAAGCCUACCAGAGAGACUCAGAUGCCGCCAGCAAUGUGCAGCAGAAGCUUUGCUGGAGGAGCUAUGGGGGAAACUACUUGAGCUGCAACACGUGCGGGAUGCCGUUGGUGUUCACGUGGCGUCUAUUUUCCAGCUCUAUGAGCAGCAAGAAGACCUGUGUCAGGAGAGGGCUUUCCAGCGCUCGGUGCUUUGCCCGUCAUUGGCAGAUAUGUUGGAGUGGCUGCUGGAUGUGGAAGGGUUUUAUCAUGGCAUCUACCUGGAGGUAAAGAUGCUCCUCCUCCAGGUCAAGUACGAAGACUUGACCAAGAUGCAGACUCUUCCAGCGGCCUGGGAGCAGGUGUUGCAGCACAGCCGCCACUCUGUGGUAGAAGGUAACCAUAGCCAUGAGGGGGAGUUCGCCUUCACGGGUGUGGAGGCCAGUGUGAGACCCCAGAAUCUGAGCAUUAGAGAGAAAUUGAAAGACUCCUGCCUAUUGUGAUCAAUUACUAUUUUGCCAUUGUCUUCCUCAGCAUAGCAUCCCUGAUGUUCCUUGGUAGUUUCUAUUUCAAGUACUACCCAGGGCCAAUCCUGUUUAGCCUCUAAGCUCUGGCAACUUCAGGCUGGUCAGGGCUAUUAAGGCUGCUAUAACUAUAUAGCAAACUGUACAGCAAUUUAGAAUGUUUCGAGUACUUAGUAUAUGUUAACAGUCCUGUAAGGCAGGAUAAUCUCCAUUUAGUGGUGGGGAGGGGGGCUAAGAGUUCACUGCAGAGGUCAGACAUCUGAUCCAGCCUCUUAAUCACUACCUUGUAUCAGCUUUCUGGGUAUUAGCCAUUGGAUCCUUUCUGAGUUGAUUUGGCUUUAUUUGCUUGGCCCUCACUCAGGGAGGGGCUCUGCAUCUGCUGGAGCUUGCUAGGACUUUCAUCUGCUCUUUUUUCUCAGAUGCACUGCUGAAAGUCUCCUUCUUCAUGGAAGCUGGGUGAGACUGUAUGAUCAGAGCUUUCCUUUGUGCCAGGAUCUCCUGUCCUGCAGUCGGAAGAUGAACAAGCGUGGAUUCGUAGGCAGAUGGUGUGGCUGGGAAUGAACAGCCUGUGAAAGCAGCGUCAAUUGUAGGCUGCUAUGCUUGGGCUCUCCACCAUUGUUUGGGACGGGGAGGAUCUCUGCAAAAAUAAAAAUGGAUGCUGUGCUCCGAAA